AUGUCGCUUUCACUCACUCGCGCUUCGCUCAUUGUCAGGAACCUUCUCAGUAGCAAUCCCCUUGGGCCGACAUAUAUCUCGCUCAUCAAGGACUACUUGAGUUUAUCUCAUACCAUCAUAUUACCCCACUUCCCAUUCCUCUUCUACACCGUCCAUGAUGCACUUUCCGGUGCUUCAUCAUAUGAUCUCAUGUUGAUCUCUUGUGCACGUGCAUCCCAUGUGACUCACUUCUAUACUUAUAAGGCUAAUCCAGGUGGUUAUCGGCAGAGCGAGGAGUCCUCGCAGCGUUACAACCAGGGAAAUGUCGCUAUUCGUCCUCAGGAUUCGCCUCAGCUGCACUCAUUGCUUCCUCCUAUGUACGAUGAAAUUCGGGACACUGUCUGUGUUGUUUUUGCUGGUCACAACCAGGUUCCGACGUGA